CCCAUUGAGAUAGAUCGAUGUUUUACAUCACCAUCAUGCUUAGAUCGCCCCCAAAGUGCCCACAGUAGCCGUUCUUCAACUCCCUUUGCACUACCAUUUCCGACGUUAGCGACGUCUUUACUCGAAGUGGGUUUGAUGCAUCCGGCCCUAUUAGGCGAGGAGAUGUUUCGAUGUUCGGCUUGUAUGGCAGCAUUCCCUUCAAUUUGGCUUUUAGAACAACACACGGCUUUACAACACAUAGGCGCAUUGGGUUCAAUCGAUAAACCGUUCGUUUGCGAACAAUGCGGUCAAAGUUAUCGAUACCGAUCGGCUUACGUGAAACAUAGAGAGCAAAAUCAUCGGGCAAGACUUCCGGCGGAUAAAUUAUUUUCUUGUGAUGUUUGCGGGAUGCAAUUUAGGUAUUUAAAAUCGUUUAAGAAACAUCGUUUAAAUCACGCUUUGGAGCGUCUUCAUGGCAAAACCAACCCAGAUUCCCAAUCUUCCGAUUCAAAACCGGGCCAAACGAGUUCGAUUCAACCGGAUAACAGCGAUCAAGUUUCUAGUUCAAACGAAACCCUCGCGAUUGAAGAUGCCGAAGAAACUAUAACGAUUAAAAAGGAGCCAUCUUCAGAUAAUGAUGCAACCCAAGAAGCUAACUCUUCGGAUGUUGAUAAAAAUGAUCCGGAUCAAGAUCAAGAUGACACAAUUGAUUCGAUGGUGGGGUUUCCAAGACCAACGAGCAGUACUGCUUCAUCAACAUCGGAAGCUUAUCGGAAUGCGCAAGAAGCGUCGAUUAUCAGUUUUUUACGAGCGGAUGCGGCGGAAAGGCAAAGAGAAAGGAGGUUUGCUUGUCCAUUUUGUGGGAAAUGCGUGCGAUCCAAAGAAAAUUUGAAAUUACACGUAAGAAAACACACGGGGGAGAGACCUUUCGUCUGUUUGUUUUGUGGUAGGGCUUUUGGGGGGAAAUCGGAUUUAACGAGACAUCUUCGAAUACACACCGGUGAAAGGCCUUACCAUUGUGAUUCUUGUGGGAAAUGUUUCGCGAGGGCUGAUUACCUCUCGAAGCAUUUAACGACGCAUCUCAACAGCCCGCGUUGAUUGAGCCAAAAAAUAAGAAAACAUUUUUGUUGUUUUUCCGUCCUUUACGAAUUAUUAAAAAAAAAAGAUAGAAAGGAGAAGGAAAUGUGAUGAUUCGUAUAUUGAAAGGGUUGAUUAAAAUUAAUUUUUUUAUCAACCUAGAAAGUCCGCAAUUUGUUAUUUGGCUGUGAGCAAAAUAUUCCCUUCUCAAACACAGUCUUUGGUGAGAUUUUUUAUUUUUUGUGUUUUUCUUAAGAAUCUCUUAAAAAUGAAAGGAUUCGAAUGAAAUUAGUAAACCGUCAAAUUAAUAAGUAGUAAAAGAGGAUUUUAAUUUUAAUUUUUAGUUGUAAAUCGUUCUUUCGAUGUCUAUCGAUUUUAAUAUUAGUGAGUUACCAAGCAAUAUAAAAAUUAAUUAAAAAUAAAAUUAAUUAAUGGAAACAAGAAAAAAGUAAACACACAGCACUGUAGUUCCUUCCUAGUCACGAAUAAUUAAUAAAAAAUAAUAGUAGUCAAUUGAUCGUCGGCGCCUUUUCAAAACGAAACUUUUUAUAAUUAUAAUUAUCUUUUCUUCUUUCCAAAUUAAACAAUAAUAAUUAGUUUAUGUGGUUUUAUAAAGAGCCAUCUAAACCAAAAAGAACGAAAGAAAGGUGGAUGAACAACGAAUUUUUAUUAUAAAUAAAAAGAAUCGAAAAUUCGUUGCGUUAUGUUUUUCUGUGCCAAAUUGUCAUACCUCAUAUUUGUGAAUAUCUGUACAGAACUGUCUUUUGUCAGUGUAACCAAAAAAAGAAAAUUACAAAAUAACUCAGUGUAGUAAUAACUAAUAAAUGUUUAACAUCGAACAGGCUGCCUCCGAGUAAUAAAAUUAAAACUAAAAAGAAAUUAUUUUUUAUACACUAUUACAAUAGAUUAUCUUGUUGCUGAAAAAAACGUUAACUUGAAUUCAAGUUGAUUAAAUAAUAAAGCCGACUGUUGUUCAUUUUUCUACAACAAACUGCUCAAAAUACAAUCAGGAAUACAAAAGAAGUAAAUAAACCAGAACUGUAUAUUAUAAUAAAAUAACCCGAUUAUUAUAUUAUUAUUAAAUCGUUUUUUACGCCAAUUAAAUCCAACCCAAAUUGUUUUUAUUUCAAAGUUUUUAAGAUGUUAAACAUUUACAUAAAUAUGUAUAUUUUUUGUUGUCGAAUUUUUAUGAAAUAAAUGAAAAUGUUUCCGUACCAUUUUGCUUUAGGACAAAAAUUGUGGAUAAUAUGUUUUAUUUUAUUAUCAAUUAACUAUGUUAUGUAGGGUGGAGAUGGUUAAUUUCAUUUUUUAUAGGUAUUAAAAUUUUAAAGUACAACAAUUUCAUUCGUAUUAAGUUUAGUUGAAAUGGGUUGAAUUUGGUGGGUUAGAUUUGGGUUCUGAUUGGGUUGGGUUGGGUUUGAAAUAGCAGAGAGGACGUGGAAACGGAGAUGGCAGGAUGGAUAAUUACCAGGGAAGACUGAGAAAAAGAGCAAGAGAAGAUUUCCUUAAUACAUAGAGGCCUCUCUAUAAUGGUCAUGCAAUAUCAGAAAUACGUAUCAACUCAGCACCAUGGGAGAUGAUAAUAGAAGCGAUAAAGGAAGAAGAAUUCUCAUGGGGAAUAAAAAGAAUAGUAAAAUCAUAUCUAUCGGAAAGGAAGAUAAUGCUUCCAGUGGGAUGGGAAGAGAAUAUGACGUUAUGAAAUGUUUUCUUGAAAGAAUUGCAGAAUAGAUGAGAGAUGGGAAAAUAUCUGGAUGUUUACCUGGAUAAAGGUUUUUAAAACCUGUCAAGAAAUUAGUUGAAGGGAGGGUAUCCGAAACAAGCAAGAAGAAAACUGCUGGGAUGAGUUUGAUUGCGUUGAAUUGGGUUGACAUGGGUUCAAUUAGGUUAUGUUGCAGUUAACUCUUCAAAUUUCGGAAACACUCGAGAUAUUCAAGUCCGGUAGCCAUGAAGUUCACAUUGCCUGGUCACUAAAAUGCAAGAUGGGAGAGAGUCGUGACCUUUUUUCUUGCUGUCUAUGCUAAGUUAUCUACUUUGAGCUCUUGCAAAGUCUUGCAUACCAUUGCCAACCUGCUCCCACUCUACUCUUUACAAUUAUAAAGAACAAGACUAAGUUGAAUACCUUGUAUUAUCUGCUCAAUCUAAUAAAUCAGUUUCUAUCAUAUCAUCCAGCAAGCUGAAGAACAGCUACUCCCACUCAUUGUCUGCUAAACAUUAUCUCUCCAAAGAUUUUACUUUUUCCUAUUCUAUAGUCUCGAUUAUGCAACAAUUUAAUCAAAUUUUAAUAUUUUCGGAGUUUUCUUA